GGUUAUUUCUGAAGUGAAAGAGAAACCAAUGCCUAAAACUAAGCCAUACCAUGAAAUCCUUUUACACCCCUCUUCCCCCACUCACUUCCUCUGUCUCUCUCUUUCCUUCUCUUUCUGGGUCUCUCUAUCUCCUUCUCUGUGCCCGUUAUACUUUCCAGAUUUUUGCCAUCUCUUUCUUUUCCUCCAUUGAUCCAACUUCCAAGCUCAUAGAAACAAAUAGGAGAAGUUGCAGAUUUAUGGUUUAUGGUCCUUUCGUUUUCAUGCACUUCUGAUCAUUGGUGUUUUUGCCUUCUUCUUGUAAGCAAUCUUCAUAAUUCUUUGAUUCUUGGUUUUCAUCAUUUCUAUUCCAUAAUUAUUUUCUUCUUAUUUGCACAUCUGUCUGUCCUAUGGGUUUUGGGGAGUGACCAGUUUUGGGGAAUUUGUUAUUAUUAUUAUUAUGGAUGAAUAAAUUUCAUAAGUUUUACACCAUCUCCUUGACAAUAACUGAGUUGUAUAUUACCAGAAUUUACAAAAUAUCAAUUCAAGCUCCCGCAAUUAUUGUAUGUGGUGCAAAAGUUGAUUGGGGUUUGGAUGGAUCUUCCUUCUGUGCAAUCCCCAAUUACACAAAGAUGAGCUCCUGCAAUAUGAAAUUGUAUGGGGCCUUCAGAGCCUGAAGCAAAACAGACAUCUUUAGUUAUGGGAUCUGAGCAUCAGAGUGAAACUAGUGAUGGUUUGAAGAUAAAUCCUGCUUCAAAUUCUAGUGAAGAAAAUCAUACUGCCCAUGAAAAAAGGUUAAGCUCAGCAUCCUCCUCAUCUUCUUGUUCUUCAUUUGAAGAUCCCGGGUUCUCCCCAAGCGAGACUGCCCUCAACACCGGAUCAGCAACACAAUCUCCUCCAACGCAACUGAUGGAGCGACCUACUGAGACGGCCACCUCCUCCUCAUAUAGGAUUCCAUCUUCUGUGUUUGCCAGCAAACCUUCAGGCCCAAAUGACUGGAGUGUUGCUUCUAGUGAAUCUUUGUUCAGCAUUCACAUGGGGAAUAUGAGCUUCACCAAAGACCAAGCAAACUGGUUUGGUAAGUCUGGAGAGCUUGGUUUAGUUGGUGAUCUUACCCUGUCUGGCCCCUUGUCUCCAAUGGUUGAUUUUUCAAGUAAGCGACAUCCGAGUCAUCAAUCGCCGAAUAAAAAAUCCGGCGAAACCGAACGACUCAGUGAAGCAAAAGCUGCUGAAGCAAUGAGGGAAAUCGUAAGCGAGAAUGAAGCUGAUGCUACUAAACAUAAUUCUACUGCCAAAAUAGCACAUCAAUCUGCUAGCCUUCGCCGUUCAGAUGUGAGUGGAGCCAGUGGCAAAUCAUUUGCAUUUCCAAUAUUGACGGGGGAUCAUAAAACAGAUUCUUCUCAAAAGCGAAAUGCAACAUCACCCGUGAAUUCACAACCGCAUACUCCUAAAGUAUCCCAAGAUCCAGACUCAUCACAGCAAAAAUCCCAACCAGGAACCCCAAACCCAGAGCCCGCUCCUAAAGCGCCUCCAAAUGCUGCUCAGGGUAAAUGGUACUCUUGCUUACCCUGCUGUUCAUCCUGUUCUUGAUGGACGAUGUAGCUGAUCUAAUCUUGUACUCUUCCUAUAACAAUGCUCUUUCAAAAUACUAGAAUAGGUAUAUGCAGCUGUUACUUCAAACUGCACAGUUAAGUUGAAAGUACGCUGCUUUGUUGUCAUUGAUU